AUACCGCCUUCCAACCCAUCGUUUCUUCCCUUUCCUCCUCCUACCUUCCUCCACCGUCUAAAACGCUUUUCCGAUCAUGUUGUCUUCUGUUUUCCCCACCGACGGCGACCAUAUUCCGUCCGACGACUUUCUUGGAACUGGGUUUACCCCUUGGGACACUGACACUCAUGAAAGUCCCUUUCUUUAUCCACCUCAAGAGCCUGUCUUUUCGUUUUCCGGCUCCGACGACUCCACGCCAAAAACCAACAGCUCCAACUCCGGCUCCGACGAGGGAGACGUUGACCGGAAUCCUAUUGAAGUCACCCUGAUUGAUGAACGUAAGAGGAGACGCAUGAUAUCAAACCGGGAGUCUGCACGGAGAUCUCGCAUGAGAAAACAAAAGCACUUGGAGAACCUGAGGAACCAGGUGAACCGGCAUAAGACUGUGAACCGAGAAAUAAUGAACCGGUUACGGUUUGUAAGCCAUCAUGCACAAGUUAUAAGGCAAGAAAACGAGAGGCUCCGAUCGGAAUCAGUGAUGCUCCGGCAAAAACUAUGGGACAUGCGUCAAGUACUGCUCGUCCGGCAGCUUCAGAACCAGUUAUUAUCGUCUGCAUGGCCAUGCAAUAAUAACGUGACAACCAUCAAUGAACAAAACCCACAAUCGUUAAUUACAUAAAGCUUUAUAUAUAUAUUUCAUAUGAAAUUAAAUCGUAACUAAGUGCAUGAGAACAAUAGCAACUCACCCUAUAUAUAUAUUUGUAAAGGAAUCGAUCAAGUAGUUGGAGGAAGGUAAUUAUCAAGUAAUGGUAAUUUUAAGUCGUUAUUUUUGUCUUGGUUUUCGUUUCUUUUUUAGUUGGUUUUUGGAAAAUGAAGGUUUUGGUAGAACGGAUGGUUGUUUUUGUCAAAACCAGAGAUAUCAUUUUGUAAAGUUUCACUACGAAGUGCUUGGCUUAUGAUAUGAAAAGUAAAUUUGGACCAA